GGCGCGAACAGUUGUGGAGUGAGGUAGGGCAAUUCACUUUCUCAAAGCCGUCAAAUCGCAUUCAUAACACAAAACAAACUGUCCGACAAAAAAAUUCAAAUUCGAAAAGGUGUAAAAAAAUCGAGUGAAGUGCGAAGUUACGGCCAUCCGAUCGACCAGUGCUAAUUCCCAUUGAUUAGUUAGUGUGAUUAUGGGUACGGAAUACAAGCAUGCCGACAUAAAUAUGGACGAUUCCGGCAAUAGCUGUGGAUCUAGUGUUGUUUCUGAUUAUAGUGGCCCAUCUUACGCAGAUGUCGAUGGAGUGCAGGUUUCUGAUAUCGAGAAUGACGCUGAUUCGCAUGUUCUACAGUGCGGAAUCGAAGAUGAUUCAGACGACGAUGAACUAGGCGCUAUGAAAGACCUUACCAUCAACGAUUACAUCAACACAAGCGUCAACACCAAACAACAAAACGAUUUGGAAUCUCAACAGCGACUGGCCGUGCUCAGUUUCGAACAAGUCAACAGGCUCAAUGAAGUCAUGGACGAGGUGGUUUUCAUCCAUGGCAGAGGAAACUUCCCCACAUUGGAGAUCCGUCUCAAAGACCUCGUGAACGUCGUGAGGGAGAAACUAGAGGCUGAUACCUCUGCUGGGGGAGCGGGUAUGAAGGUGAAGGACAUCCGAUUAAAUGGUGGCGCCGCUUCCCACGUUCUGGCCACCGAAAGCCAACCCUACAACGAUCUGGAUCUUAUCUUCGGAGUGGAGCUGUCCAGUAUGCGGAAUUUCGACAGAGUCAAAAGUGCAGUUCUCAGCUCUUUAUACGAGAUGCUACCAGAAGGCGUAAACCGAAAACGAAUCUCCACCUGCAGUCUCAAAGAAGCCUACGUAAGCAAAAUGGUGAAAGUGAACCAAAACAUUGGCGGUGACCGGUGGUCGUUAAUAUCCUUGGGGAACUCCCGCGGUCGCGGUGUCGAACUCAAGUUUGUCGAUUGUAUGCGUCGCCAGUUCGAGUUUUCGGUCGAUUCUUUCCAGAUUAUCCUAGACUCCCUGCUACUCUUCUACAAAUGCAGUGAGUUGCCAAUUAGUGAGAACUUUUACCCGACCGUAGUCGGGGAGUCUGUUUACGGAGACUUCCAAGAAGCCUUGUACCACCUCCAGAAGAAACUCAUCUCGACGAGGCAUCCCGAAGAAAUUCGAGGAGGCGGCCUAUUGAAGUAUUGUAACCUUUUAGUCAAAAACUACAAACCGGCGAGACCAGACUACAUCAAAAGUUUGCAGAGGUAUAUGUGCUCCAGGUUCUUCAUAGACUUUCCCGACAUCUCUCAGCAAAGAGGCAAGUUGGAAAACUACCUGUGGAACCACUUCGUAGAGCCCGACGAAGAAGCCCUCCGCCAUCAGUACCUAAUGCUUCUCCACGACGUAGUCGAAGAAUCGACAGUGUGCCUCAUGGGCCACGAGAGACGCCAAACGCUCCAGCUCAUCAAAAACCUCGCCUGGCAAGUCCUCUACCAAGACCAGCAGCGCAUGAUGACCCAGCAGCCGCCGCCUCUCGUCUACGCCAAUGGAAUCGUCUACGCUCCCAUCAUCCAGACCAACUGCUAUUGCACGUGCAAUACCACCUGGAUGCCACAGUGCUGUUCGUGAUGUGCGAUCAUGGACGAACACUACCGACUGGAGAGCGAUUGGUGAACUCCAUUGGUUCGCUGGUGUGUGUGUGUCGGACUAUGUAGACGCACCUCGUACAUGGACUUCAGUGGCGUGACUUCAGUGACGAAACGGGCGUCAUUGUACUGUACGUUUUUAACAACCAUUCCAAAAUUUGUAGGCCUUUCUGGCACAAAAGUAGGAAACAAUUCUGACAAGACAAAAUAGUAUUUUUAAACAAGACCUUAAAUAGAGAAAACAAUAUUAAUAUCAAUGUACAAAUAUUAUAAUUAAUAUUUAAUCUUAGGUAAUUAUUUAUAAAUACUUUUGCCAAAAAAUUAAUACUAAAAAAAUACCGCAAAAAUACUAAUCGUUUUUUGUAGGGAACUUUGUAUAUUUAUUCUGUCUUAAGAUGACCAAACUAUCAAAAACAAAUUGUAUUUACUCUUUUUAAAAUUAAAAUAAGUUAAAAUUAAAUUAAGCAAAUAAAAAUGAUAAAAGUUUUCUUAAAAAAUAUCGUAUUAGAUUUUUUUUAAAUAGAUUUAUAACUGUAAUAAACAUAUUAGGCAAGAAGAAUUCGUUAUUAGAAAGUAUAUAAAAAAAGUUUAAAAUGAAAUACUUAAGAAAAUACUUAAAAAGAAUUGUCAAGGUAAUACAUUUUCUUUCUGAAAAAUAAAACGUUUUUACAAUGAAUUUGUUAAGCAUUUGUUUUUUAUUCUCUAGUUUAAGUACCUUGGGGAACAUCCAUAAACUACGUCGUAAAGCAUUUGGACUGUUUAAUACCCUCCUCGUUAAUCGUAAAGCGUAGUUUACAGUCGACGCCCCCCUUAUGUCGACGUCGUAAUUCAUGGCCCCCUUUUCAGUAAGCUUUUAAAAAAUUCAAUGAAUUUCGCGAUUUUUUAAAAUUAACAUAUAAUAUGAAUAAUUAAUUAAGAUUAUUAAUUCAUUUAAAAAUAAUUUAAGUAAUUUAGUAAAAAAAAUGAACAUUUUAUUUACUUAGUGAAAAUACAUAAUAUAUAAAUUAAUAAUAAUUUUAAAAAUAUUUUUCUCUUCUCAACCAAUCGGUUAUGCCAUUAAUAAUAUUAUUUUGUUGUUUUUCUGUAUUUUCUGUGUGGUAAGUUACUUCAAGAUCUAUAUUUUUUAUGUCGAUCCAUUCUAAAUAUUCAGAUUCAUCAGAAUUUUUCAGAAAACAUUUUCUUCGAGAGCCAUCUCCGCGACGGAGGUCGGCAAUCAUCAUAGCUAUUCGGACUUUAAGGACGGCUGCUCUGAAAAGUUCAUUUGAUGUACAUCUGUAUGAUUCUCUCAGGUUGCGCAGCCACGAUAUUCUGCGUCUCCCUAUGUUUCUUUUUCCUUGAAUCUUUCCCUGCAUAAUGAGUUGGAGUAAGUUGUAUCUCUCUCAAGAAGCAUGAAGUUUCAUAUUAUCUGUAUUUAGUAAUUUUUAUUGGAGGAACUUGACUGCAUAUUGAGCGAAUAUUCCAUUUUUUUAAUAAAAUAUUAUGUGGUGUAUAUUUUCAACCAAUAUACUGUAGAACUAUACAGAUCAAAAUUUUAUUAAAAAAAAUGGAAUAUUCGCUCAACAUGUAGUCAAGUUCCUCCAAUAAAAAUUACUAAAUACAGAUAAUAUGAAACUUUAUGCUUUAUUACAAAUACAUGUUGCUUCAAUUGGGAUUGAACUGAAGGUCAGUAACAACCGUAAGGAAGCUGAAAAAUAUAAAUGAAUACAAUUUUUAAUAAAAACAUUGCAUUUAUAUUACUUAAAAUGAUAUUUCAUUUAUAAAAUUGAUCACCUGCAUUCUGCAUACAUUAUGUAGUUUUCGGCUGUAGUUUUGUUGAAAUAAAAUAUAUUACAUAUUCAAACUUUACGUUUUACAUGAUUAUCUGAUAUUUUGAAUAAUGCUGCCAUCUGGUAGAAGCUAGUAAAAAAUUAUAUUUACAGAGAUAAUAACUACAAAUUUAAAUACAGCAAACGACGUUGAAUGUGCACUCAUACCCCCUCCCACAUACUUUCCUGUCAUAUUCCAACGUAAUAAGCAAAGACCUCUUUCCCUCUUCUCUACGACGUAGUUUCUAGAUGUUCCACUUGGCUAUUAUCAGCAUCUACUGAGUUUAGUCCGUGACUCUCGAAAAAAUGCUCUGAUGCUUUGCCUGCACCAUUAUAGGUGUAUCAACCAUGAAAUUUCUUCAGGCCUUUAUCUUCAGCUCAGCAGGGUAGAGGAAAAUCACCAAUUAUGGAAUACCAUUUUGUUUUGGGGAUAUAAAAUAAUAUGUUUAUAGAAAUGAAAACAAUUUAAUGUUAUGACACAUCAGUCAUAUAUUUUUAUGUAGUAAUUAAAAUCCUUCUAUUAAAUAUCUUAAUUAACAAAAAAAAAAUCGAACAAAAAAACAAAAUUCCAAAUGAGUAACCAAAUAUGCAAUAGGUACCCUUAUAUGGAAUAUAGGCAUAAAUCAACAUAUCAAAAACAAAAAUAGACAUAAAGAUCUGAGAUCAAAUAAAUUUAAAUAAGAAAAUUGUGAAAAAUGAAAGAAGUAGCUUAAUUCACUUGCAGACAUCACAGAUCCAUGUACGAAACUCUGGACCAGCGCAAUCAUAAUGAGCCCACUUCACUUAAUCCACUAUUCCAUAAUUAGACACCAACGACUGUCCAUAUUUGGAUUUGUACAUUAGCUCAAACUAGUAUCAACAUUUUUUCAAGUCGUAAUGUUUUAUUUACAGAAGGCCAUAAAAUAUCAAAAUAAAGGUACUAUUGAUAUACGCAAUAGCAUAAAAAGUCUGUAUUCAUUCAUAAUAACCAAUAAUACUCGUUUAAUAUAUUUACCUUUGAAAUGUUCUGCGAGACGAUAAAACAAAACGUGCCUGUCAGACACUUAUCGUUCGCGCAUCUGACACAGAGGUGUGAAUACUUUAAUAACGAGAGCGACUGAAAUUGUAGUGCGCUUCCAACUUUAUUUUCGGAGAAAUCCAGGAAUUCCAUAUUAGGACACUAUUCCAUAUUUGGUUACUUUCUUCUACUAUUGUUAGAGGUGUGAAAUUACAUAAAUAAGGGAUCAUAUAAUAAAAGAGGUAGAUUCCUUGUUUAUGGAAUUCUACACCUUGAACAAUCACACCCCUCUGAGCUGAAUAUUAACUACUCUCUUAGACAACAGCUAGUACUACUAUACAUAUAUGUAUUAUUUAUAUGAUGCAGAUUUUGAAAUCUUCUUUUUACAUUGUUUGCUUUGUAAAUGAUCAAUAUUGCGUUAAUAUUUUUGUUUUAAAUCAAUUAAGCUAUUUCAACAGGCCACCAAGUUACAAAGUUUCCUAACAAAAACCAUACAACGUCACUUUAAAAACAGGGAGCAACGGCACUAUUCAUGUCAGAUUUCUUUCCCAUUUUUGGACUUUCAGAGACCGGACUAUUAUCGAAAACUAUGCAGAGCCGUCUUCAGAGAAUUUGUCGAGAUGUAUUAACUUUGUACGAAGUACAAAUUGCUCAUCUGGAAGAAAAGUGUCACAACUCAAAAUAAAUUUUUUCAGAGAGACAAAAAUGGUGAAAAUGGAGAAAAAAAGUGUAAGAAGCAAACCAAAAAAACUAUGAUGUCUGAUUUAACAAAGAAAAAAUAUAAAAAUUUUGAGUUAUGUCGCUUUUCUUUUAAAAAUUUGUUCUAUUUUUUAAAUAUUAACCAAAAUACCUAAGGCACUUCUCGAAAUACAACAGUUUCCGUGAUAAAUAACGAUACGUUCACGUCAAACAACAGAGUGCCAUAACCCCAAAAGUGUCAUUGUUCCGGAAUAAAAAUAUUCCUUUUACUGUCAAAUGAAUAAUGACACUUCCGUCAUCUUACAAAGUUGGAAGUUAACGUCUAUGUGACACGUUUCCUGGUAAAAGUAUAGGAUUUUUUGAGUCAAUUUAACAAGAUAACUGGAAUUCUGCAUUGUUUGAGUUGUGUCACUUUUCUUCCGGACGAGCGAAAUAUAUGCGAGGUAGGUCGCCUUUAUUGUGUUUUUUUUUACAAAAUUAAACAAGAUGAAAUGUUCUAAAGUUUUCGGUAUAAAUAAGCAUUGUACAGGUAACAGAAAUUAACUGGAUUUUUUACUGUAUGUCUAGUGGAUCUUUUAAAAUUAUGAUCCGUUUAAGUUUCUUGAUAAUCUGUUGCUCUUUAAUAAUGAGAUUAAGUCCUUAAACAUUUUAAAUACUAUUUUUAAAUAUACUUAUAGACAAAAUAUAGUCGGGCUCUAAAAGUUUUCUGAAGUUGUCUUGUUUUAAAACAUGACAAUAUUAUUAUCUGCAACCUAACCCUUUGGCGCAGCUUUUUCUUUUUUUUUUAUGACGAAAAUUGUGAAAUGAAAUAAAAGUGAAUAAGUUAUCUGGUAGAAGGAAACGGAAAUUAUCUCCAAAUUGAUCUUUUGUCAGUUGGUGAAUAUUGCUACCACUCUACCAGUAGGCGUUAGAGAAUUUACCACUGGUAAAUAUUUCUACCGCUUUAUCUGCACACUAAAAGAAAAGUGUUUCAAGAGAAAAGCACUUUUUUCGAACUUAAUUUCUGAUUAUAAAUAGAAAAACAUUCUUUGCAUAAUGCUACAUUACUUUUUGGCCGAUUCUUAUUUCUUAAUAAAUUACGUGAUAGAAAAAAAAACGAAAAUUAUGUCCAAAUUUAUCUUUUGUCAGGUGGUGAAUAUUGCUACCAGUAGGCGUUGGAACAUUUACCACUGGUAAAGAUUUCUACCACUACAUCUACACACUAGAAGAAAGAAACAUUUAUUUAAAACUUAAUUUCUCAUGAUAUAUAGAAUAACGUUCUUUAUAUAAUGUUACAUUAUUUUUUGGCUGUUUCUUAUUUGAAGUGCAGUUACCACAUCUGGGGUAAGGACCUUUGAUUUUGAAUUUUUGGACUAACUGAAAUUCCGGCUGUUUGUUAGAUCAAAUCAUUGUAUUCAUGUCACAAAUCAUAAAAAUUGCCGUGUAUUCAUGAAAAAUAAUUACAAAGUUUGUAAAAAAAAUAUUAAAAUGUGUUGGCAACGUUCAAUAGAUUGAAAUAACUUUCAGAAACUACUUUAUUGUGUCAAAAACAUUUUUUACGCUAUGUUUUAAACUACUACGCUUUUUAUUUUCCAAUAUUGCAAGGAAUAAAUUAAUAAAAAAUUUAAAUAAAUUGCUAAAUAAAUAUAACAAUAACACCGGUAAAGUACCCUAUAUAAAUGCUUAUUGGUAGCUAUCUUUACCGCUCAAUACCAUCGAUCCUUUGCAGCAGUACUGUUUGUAUUUUCGGUCUAGUACUUAUUGCUAUAGGUUAGAAAAUAACCUUAAACAACAUAGGUAAAUAUAUCUACCACUGACACAUUAGCUGGUAGCUAUAUUUACAUUUUUUUAAUUUACCAGGGGCAGCAUAUUUUUUAAAAUCAAUAUUUUAUUUUUCCAAUAUAAAACAAGAAAAAAUUAAUAUUAACAUAUCAAAAAUGGUUUAAUUCAUAUAUUCAUAAAAUACACAAGUUCAAUGGUUUUAAAAGUGAACCGAGAUUAUUGGAUUAUUGAAGAGUUUGCAAAUUUUAUGUAUUGCGAUAAAAGUAAGUGAAAAAGCGUUAAAAAUAUUAAUUGAAAAUUAACAAUGUAUGCAGGCGACACAAUACCAUUUAUAAUUUCGAUUAAUUCAUUCAGUAAACCAGCGAAGGCCUCCAUGCUGUGUACGUGUAUUGGUGGAGCCUGGCUAUCGUCAUUUUUUAAUGUUUUGAAAAGCGAGAGUUUAGAAUUGUUUAAAUUUCGCAUUAAAAUAUAAAUAAAAAGUAUAAUGUUCCUCUUUAACAAACAUAGCAAAAAAACCCAGUUACAUAUCUGUUACACCACAUUCUUUUAGUUUAUAUACUGUUAUCUAUAUCAAAAUCACUUUAUCAACAUUUACCUUAGCGAUAUAAUUGUACAUAUUGACUUAAUAUUAAUAUUUACUACAAACUGUAUUUUACAAAAUAAAAAUGUAUAUCAGACGUACGUACGUAAAUGUUAGAAGAUAAAGCAUAGGGCCUAACUGUGAAUCGAGAUUGUGAUACAAGAAUUCAUCGAGAAAAGACCAACGAGUACAUAUAUGUAGGUCCUGACGGAAAAGUGUAAGUCUGGUGUUGACAAAAAAAUUUUAUAAUAUUUUCAUUAAUUUGGUUGUAAUACGAGCGGGAAUGUAAAGAUAUCUUUGAUUUUGUACUAUAUUGAGUUGACUCAUAUUGAGUUACAUAAAACCAACAAUAAGUGCCACUACAGAUUUUUCCAAAAUACAGGGGUUUUCAUUUGUGUUUAGCAAACUUACUGAAAAACGAAAAUUGUACUUUCAUUUCCACAUUUCUUAAAAAAUUCAGCUGAAUCUUGAAUUACCAAGAUCGGUCUAUCAUUACAAUAGUAAAUAGUAGCAUAAUGUUGGAGAAUUAUGACCCAAACUGAACUAGUUCUUUUAGAUUGUUAUUAUUGUAUUUUCCUGUUUUCCUAGGAUCGGAACUAGUAAUAAUGAUUUUCAAAAUUUUGCCCAUCGGUGCAGAGAGCAGAGAGAGAAGGUAUUUGGAAAAAAAGAGCGGAGGCUUACUUCUCCUACUAAGAUAAUUACCCAUAAUUUCGCUGCGUUGGUCUGCCAAUGAUAGGAUUUUCGAAAUCAUUAGUAGUUUUGCCAAAGUGUGUCCUAAACGAACUUAUGUACAAGUCUUCCAUUACAUAUUUCCUAAUUUUUCCAAAAACUAGCCAAUUAACAACAUGUGCAUUAAACGUGUAAUAUAUUUAUUUUAAAUUUUAUCCUUUUUAUUAUCUCACCAAUACAUCAUCUAUAAAAGCCUUAUUUUUUAUUUGCAUAUCUAGCUCUGAUGCUCAGUCAUGUUCAUACAUGGAAUUUGGUGAACUCUAUUCCACCCUUUUCGUGUACUACUUUUAAUCAUUGUUUGUUAUGUUUUCUUUCAAUUCCUCUUUGUCUUCCUUUCGUACUCCAUCUAGGAACCUAAUACUGAGAACUUUCGUAUUGAUUGAUUUUUACCUUAUCUUGGCAUCAAUUCGUGCCAUACCUAGACUGUCCCUAAUACUCAUUCUCAAUUCUAUCCUGUUUUGUCACUUCAUCGAUCUAAGCAUUCUCAUUUCUUUAACAUGCAUGUUUGUUGUUUUUUUCUUUAUAACUGCACAACAUUCAAUACCAUGCAAUAGCUGAAAUUUUAGAAUGAGCGUUUUAGUUACAUAGGAAUUUUUAGUUACACAACAUAACCCUUUUUGGGAGGUGAGAAUCUUAUAAAGACUUCUGGGAAUAUGUUGAAGGCGUGUUGGAUUCAUCUCGCUACUUCUAACCGUAGUGAGCCGCCUACCAACUAAACUCACCCCCUCUUUCUCCAACUGACUAGGCUGGAUCCAAACUUAGCUGGCUGAACUCUGACCCAUCGGCAUACAAUAUAACCUAACCUACUCUUCGCCUAUCUUCAUUUUAUCCUGUCCUACUUCUACUCACGCAUUUCCAUCUACUUUCUCACUGCUCUGUAUUGUUUUAUUGAUAUCUUCGGCCAUUUACAUUAUUUUUUAUAUUUCUUUAAAUUUGUUUCAAAAAUUGAAUAGCAUGCUGCAGUGUCAAAUAGGAUAUACUGAUCUAAAAGGAGGGCAGUUUCAAUCUAAGCAACUAAUGACAGUAAAAUAAUAAUUAUUUUCACAAAUAAGUUGUUUUCAAUCAUUUGACUUUGUGAUAUGACUAUUUGAGUUUGUGAUAUGAAUAUUUGAGUUUGUGAUACGAAUUUCGAAAACCCCUGUAUGCAAAAAAGUUUAAGGUACCCAUACAUAAAAUUUAUGUUACCACGGUUAUAGGUUUACCGUCAAAACUAGUGAAAUUAAAUCGUUUUCAAAAGCUGUUAGAGGUUUGGAAUUUACUUAAUUGUUACAUUUUGUGAUAAAGAAUAUGUCACUGAGUGCUUGUAUGGGUAAAAACGUGAAUCAUACUCCAAGCAAAGCUUCAUAUUUUAGUUAGGGUGUGUUUAGCCUUUGAGUACAAUUAUUACAGACAAAUGAUGAAUAAACAUUUUACCAUUUCACUAGCAGUAUCAGUGGCAAGAUUAGCGUUGAAAUAUACCCAGUAGUUCAUUAAAAUUGAUAAUUUGUAUCUCUUUACUUACCAGAUGGAAUUUAAAGACUGAAUUUAAACAAAUUGUUUUCCAGAGAGAUAAAUUAUCAUUUUUGGAUAAUCACACACCAUUAUAAAUAAAAAAAGCUAAAAUUCUUGUUGUCUGAAUGUAAACAUUAGAAAACUUAUUUAUUUAAUAUUCUACCAUUUAGAAAUCUCAUGUAUCGUUGAUUUAUCAGUAAUAAAUAGCUCGUUUUUCCUUUAUUUGUUCGUUAAUUGCUAUAUAGGACAAACUGCGUUUAACAUUACACACAGAAUACCAGUACAUACAGUCGCGAUUAUAUUUUCACAAAUAUUUUUACAGCUUUUUGAUUAUUUAUUUGUACGAUAAGACUAUCUAUUAAAAUAUGGAGCAUUACUUUCUGCUAUGAGUGGCAGUGGCUGUGAAAAAAAUAUAACAAAAAAAUACGUUAAUUUGGGUUGUGUAUAUGUGAAAGUAGCGAUUAGAGAGCGAUUCGAAAAUAUAGAAAGCAACUUGAAGGCUCCGUAGGGUUUUGCUCAAUGUUUGUGCAGUUGUAGGUGCAGGUGAAAGAUAAUUAUUUUUUUGAUAUUGUAGACUGAUCACGACAUAAUAACAAUUCAACGUUUCAAUAUAGGUAUUUGUUGUGUAUGUCAUUCAAUGAUAAUGCAGAUAAGGUAGUUGUGAUAUUUAUUCUGUGGACUCUGCACUGUAAAUCCAUAGUCGCGGGUUCAAAUCCGACUCGGAAGGACCAAUAUGUAAUAUCCAAUUGAUAUUCGAUAUAAUAUAUUCGAAUUUAUACAUUGGUAAUAUGCUUGGUCUGUCAGGUUUGCAUUUUCUUGCGAUUAUAGUUCCAAAUAAUGAUCCGUAACUGUUUAGGUGCGCUUUAUUGAUUUUGACUUUGAAUAUAUUGUAGACAUAAUAUGUAUCUAGAAUAUCUAAAGUAUAUUCUUUUGUGCGAAAUAAUAAAUACUUUCUCCUAUCUGAUUAGUCUACACUUUCAAAACCAACGUAAACUUUCAUCUCGCUUUUUAAAAACAAACUUAACCUUUCCAUACAUGUCUCAAUCUUAUUUGUCCUUCUUCAGUUCCAUUUGAAGAAGUUGAGACAAUGCUUAUGAGAUAUAAUGAUCCUUUUGGAAAGGAAAAGUUUGCAAUUAAUCCUUUGUCUUGAACCUGAUAUAUUUUCCAAAAUUUUAUAGAUAUAGAUGGUUAGCGUAGGUAAAACAUAUAUAAAGUAAUGAAAUAAGCUAGACCUUAGACGAUUUGCUAUAUGUAUGUUUAAAAAGUAUUUUAAUAAUGGAUUUGUUAAUAUUUAACGGUUUUAUAGUUAGAGAUAGUGCUAGGUUGGUUGGGUUCGUAAAACAGUGUGAAUUGGGCAUUGUAACAAAAAUAGCCCCAAGUUGGGCGCCAAUGCUUGAAAAUGUUGUUUAUUAUAGAAAAAAGACUAAUUUGCCAAUACUUGUGGUAUAGUAUGAAAUAUUCCAGUAAACAAUUUGAAUGUUAUACAGCUUUUAUUCUCAAAUGCGUUAACAAAAGCUGUUGUAGCUGUUCAAAAACAGAAAAAUCUGUUUCAAUUGCGCAAAUUUUUGUUUUAUGAAAACAACUAACAGAUUCCGUGAACAUGCUUGAAGGAAAAAUUUUUAAGUUGCUGAUCUAUAACUUCAAACACAAAAUAAUAUAUUUUUAAAGACAUUUUUGUGUUUUCGUACUAGAAAUAGUGUUCUAAACUUAAACUUAACUAAGAAAGUAUUUUAGUGUUCAAAAAUUUUAUAUUAAUAUUUACAUAUCAUAAAAUGAAAAAAGAACCACAAAAAAAUGUACUAAAGUGACUGAAAGUGAAUAUAGUAAUCUUAUAUAGAGGUAUUCAUACGAAAAACAAAAGGUUCAAGAUGAUAAUUUUUUAUCUACUAUAUUAACCGUAUUUUUGACCAAGAUAAAAUUUAUUAUUUUUUUAAAUUCCUUUUAAAAUGAUAACAAACUCUUUGUAUAAAUAUAAAUAUUUUAAGUUUUAAAAGUGGAUACAUUUUUACUUAACAUACCACACAUACUAUCCUGUUAAUUUUUUGUUUAGGGGAGAGUGGGGCAAAUAGUUCCUCAACAUUUUUUAGACCAAAAAUAACAAAAAAACGAAAUACUCAAGUUCAAUUUAAUCAACCAGUAAGUGGGGUAACUAUAGCAGAACAUUUUUCUUUGAAAAAUCUUCAUCAAAUCUCCUAUUUUCUUUCUUUUUUUAACACUUUUCUGCUUACAGCUUUCCUGGCUGCUUGUGAAUUUGGCUUUGGUGUUUUUUGUUUUUCUUUGAUCAAAAGAUAAUUUGGUGUGUAAGUGAAAACAGUGCGAAACCAUGCGAAGAACUUAAACUCCUUGUCUGAUGAGUUGCCUGAGGUAGGAUAGGCAGGUGCGUCCCCCUGGACUGUUUUCAAAAAGGAUAUCAAAAAGGCUAUAAAAGGAAGAUCAUCCUCUUAGGAUGUAUCCUCUUAGGAAGUAAGGAAGUGCCUCUCUGUGGAGAAGGAGAUCUUUGUUCAUGGAUAGGAUCAACGGUUUCAUCUUUCAUCGUAGAGCAUGAGACUCUUAAUCUCAGGCCCGUGGAUUCGAGCUCCACGUUGGACGCCAAUGUAACAAUCUGCAAAAAUUAGUUCAAGAAAAAAAAGAAAGCUAUAGAACCACUUAAACCAAAAAAACUAUCAAAAUGUGUAAAGUAUUAAAAAAACCUCAUUAAAGUAAGAGAAAAGGCCGAUAAAACUGCGAUAUCUUCAUCUGUAGUUCGGAUUUACGCAAAGGCCAAAGUAAAAACAUAAACCAAAGCGAAGAAAUUGAAUAAAGGAAUUCUUACGAAAAAAUCAAAGGCAUCUUUGCCAAAGACCGCUAAGGCUGCCGCAAGAUCACCAAAAGCUAGAAAAGCUGCUGCUUUUGCAAUCUUCUAGUUUUAUAUGUAAUAUUUUAAUUUUCCUUCAUAUACAGCCUUUGCCUACAACCUAUUUUUAUCAAUAUUUACUUUUACGUUUUUAAACUAAUGAUAUUUUUGUGUGUUCAUAUAACUUUUGAUGCAUUUUUAUACACAGGUAGUAAAAAAGUAUUAAAAGGAAACUCAUUUUAAAAAUAUACGAAAGAAAAUAAUAAAGUUUUAUUCAUUUCAGACCAUAAACGUGGAGAAAAUAUGAUGAUGCCUCAGUAAUAAUUUUAAAAAUUUUGCAGUGCAUUACCGUAUUUUUUAUACUCUUUUACUACAAAGGGGACAGCAAUUAAUGUAGUCAAUUUGCGCGUUCACAUACAUGUCUAUUAAAUCACAAAAUCAAUAUUAUGUAGUAGAGUAUCAUAAAGUGUGUACGUUUUUAAAGGGAGUGGAAAAUGGUUUUAUUUAAUUUUCUUCGAUUUGAAGUUACCACUAUUUUAUUAUUCGGUUGUAUUUAAUAUUUUUAAAGUAUCCGUAAUUUGACAAUAGUUUCUGAUGAACUCAUUGGCACACUUAACCGCCCACCUUGUAUUUCAUUCAAUUUGCAAAAAUUGUCAAUCUUGGACUAGUUUUAUUCAAAAUACGGUGAAAACUACCUUUAGGGAAAAGAAAACAAAUAGAAUUAUUGAAAAAAAGUCGUUUACCAAGGGAUGUUUAGCAAAAAUCCAAUGUUUAAAAAUCUUUGAAGAAAAUUCAAACAAACAUCAUUUUGAAAAUAGUAGUCUAAUUAAAAAAAAUUAUGAGUACCUAUUAAUAGUGGGUGUUGCCGCCUCUCUCAGGACUUCUUGGAGCCGGUUCGGUGAUCCAUUCAUGAUAUCCUGGAUAUCCGAUGGGGGGAUAUUGUGCCACUCUUCUACUGCAUCCGUCUUGAGCUCUCCGAAGGAUGUAAGGGCCGGUACUCUUGCUCUUAUCCAUUUUUUGAUGUUGUCAAAUGUGUUCAAUUGGGUUCAGAUCGGGACUGCAUGCCGGCCAUGGUAAAACUUGAAUGCCGACCUCAUUGAGAUUCUCACGAAUGAAUCUUGCGGUAUGACAACGUGCAUUGUCAUGCAUUAACCUGUCAAGCCAUGACAUGGUCUUGGAGAACUUCUUCCACGUAUAUUUGAGCUUUCACACUGCCUCUAUCGAACACAAGAUCAGUACGAGCUUCGUAAGAGAUACUUCACCAAAUUAUUAUUGACCCUCCUCGGUAAGCCACUGUUUUGGUUAUAGUGCAUGGAGCAACACUCUCAUUUUGACGCCUGUAGACACGCUGACGUCCAUCUGGACCUCUUAGGACUAUUCUGCUCUCAUCUGAGAACAAUAUCUUCUUUCACACAGGAUGUCAUGAAUGGAUUUCCGAACCGGCUCCAAGAAAUCCUAUAGGCCAAAGGCGGCAACACCCAUAACAUUCAUAUUUUUUUUUAAUUAGACUAUGAAUUUCAAAACUAUGUUUGAAUUUUUUUCGAAGAUUUUUAAACAUUGGAUUUUUUCUAAGCAUCCCUUGAUAAACAACUUUUUUUUUCAAUAGUGUUAUUUUCUUUUUCUCAAGGGUAGUUUUCACCGUUAUCUUUCAUAAAAUGUGGUCCAGAUGGAAAUGUGGUCAAGAUUGACACUUUCUACAAAUUGAAAGAAAUACAAGGAGUUCGGUUCAUUGUACCGGUGAGUGUAUAUUUUGAAUCAAAUAAAAAAUUGUAAUAGGUACAUUGAUUUUUUUGGAAGUGUUUGUAUUUCUGGUACAGAGCCUUCAGGUUGCUGAGUAACAUAUAAUUAAUCAAGUAUUUACUGACAUCGCCCGAUCGCAAUAAGUAUUAGUGUAUAAAGAGUAAAAUUCCAUAUAUUUCUAUAUAUUUUAGUGAGUUGUCCAUCAUAUUCUUAAUAAAUCUUUCAACACAAGCAAGAUCGGCAGUUGAAAAAUUUAUUAUUGCGCAGAUUUUGAGAUUUGUUAAAUCAUCAUUUGUAUCUAAUAAUAGGCGUAGUUUUGGUCAUGUAUUUUUAGGUAAAAUUAAAUAUUGGAAUCAAACGGAGUUAUAGUUUAAAAUACAGUGUGUCCACGGUUGGGGUGCCCAAGAGGAAAAACUUUUUUAUUUUAAAUUUUAGCGAAAAAUGUCAUUCUUGAUAAAAAGUUUUGCUUGUUAUAAAACCCCAUAAAAUGAAAUAAAAUUCAAGUUUUUCAAAUCCUGCUUAAUUUUGUAGCCAAUUUUAUGUAAAUCCUUAUAAAUUUUUGCACUAAGUUCGAAAUCGUAACAAUAAUCUAGUGUUGCCAAGCCACAAUGUAGCUUGUAACUGUCAACUCCGAUAAAUAAUUUGCGAAUUGUAAUUUUUUUCGACCAUGUUAAGUGUUUAAAAAAGAAUUUAUCUUGUGAUAAAUUUCAUUAUCAAAAUUAUUGGAUUAAUAUUUAUUUAAUUAAUAAAUAAUUUGAUGAUUCAAGGAGAACCACAAAGUCUGGCGUUAUAAUCCAGAGAAGCGAAAGGGUUGUUCUCCCAAGUUAUUAUUGUUACAAUUUCAAACUUAGUGCAAAAAUUUAUAGGGAUUUACAUAAAAUUGGCUAUAAAAUUAAGCAGGAUUUGAAAAACUUGAAUUUUAUUUUAUUUUAUGGAAUUUUAGAACAAGCAAAACUUUUUAUCAAGAAUGACAUUUUUCGCUAAAAUUGAAAAUAAAAAAGUUUUUCCUCUUGGGCACCCAUCCGUGGACACACUGUAUAUCUUUACUUGUAUUUUUGUUUUAAGUUUAUAUAUUCAGACUUUAAAUACUAAAAAGUAGUCAAAACUUAGAUGGACUAUUUCUACGUUCUUUCUUCUCCAUUUGAAUGGCUUCAAUUUGCUUAAUUGCUACCAGGCUCCAUGCUUACACUCCAUACAAUAAUCUUGCAUAAAUGUAUCUACGUUUUCUCAAAUCGGUAUCAAAGAUCCAGUGAUAGGGUGAAGUUUGUUUGCCUUCCCGGAAUGCUUUGAGUUUCAAUAUUCAAUUCCAAAUUCAAUUUCAAGUUUCAAAUUUGGUUGAUCAAGAUAGGCUGUUGUCCAACAGUUUUCGCGUAGUGCAUACAAAGAUGAUAUUCCUGUGAUUUAGAUUCCGUAUGAAGACUCUUAUUUCUGUUGAUAUCUAUAGAUCCUCCUCCUCUUUAGUCCUAAUUUCUUACAGAAGUAUAAUGACUCCAUCAAUUUUUUUUUACAAUUUCCCUAUAUCCUUCUCUAUCCUGAGCUAGCUGUUUAGCUUCUUGUAAACCUAUGUUAAUCAGUAUUUGUUAUUGAUCCAUCCAACGAAUUGAAGAGCUUCCCCUAGGUUUUUUUCCUUCAACUCUGCCCUCGAGUAUCAGUUUUCCAUCAUACCUAUUCUUCUGGCAAUGCGUCUAAAAUACUGUAAAUAUUACAAAAACAUGUAAGUACUAGCAAAUGUUAUAAUAAAUGGAUAUUAAAAAAUGUUCUAAUAAACAUCUUUUCUAAUUCCAUUUUUUAUUAACCACGGAUUUAAAUGCAGAGUUGCCAAAAGGUUUCAAGAAUUCGGAGAUUUAUUUUUCAAAUAUAUUAGGACCUAUAAAUUUUAAUAUAGUAUAAAAGUUUUGAUGACUCUGUAACGCAGACUAUUAAGCACAAAGAUUGUGUUGAACCAGGUUCUAAGGUUCUUUAACCAGGAUGUUCUUCUCUUUGGACCUCGCUUUAGAAAUAUUUUUCCUUUCAGGGUUGCUUAUAAGAGGGCAUAUCUGGAUUUAUUUCGCAUAAUCUGUCCGAAGUAUUGUCCAAACUUUCGAGAUUUAAUAGUGGUCAGACCCUACAUUCUUCUGGGGACCUUGUCAUUUGUGACUCAGUCAGUAAACGGGAUCUUGCCGAUGUAGGCACAUCUCAAAUGCUUCCAAUCUUCUGCAUAUAUCUGAAGGUCCACGAUUUAACACCAUAAAAAAAUAGUUCAUAAAAUUUUGAUAACCUGUUGUAACGUUCUUUAAAUAAAACUAGCGGUUCGGAUGUAUAUAAGUCUAUUUUUUAUUUACAAGCUUACAGUUCGACAUUAUCUUAUGAACUAACUCUACUUACAACAGCGUGCCUAUUUAUACCAUAAGUAGGUAAUGCAUUAUUUGUAGAAAAAUCGAGAACGACCUGCUCAUCUCUAGCGUCACAUGGACUGGCCGCUGCUCGCACGUCGGCUGUUCGUCGGCGGAACUCUCUAGAGUAUACCGAGUUGGAAUCGUUAUUCGGGGUAGGUCCGAAAUAACUUUUUUCGAUACAAUAUUUUAUACCUUAUAAGGGUAGUAAAACUAUCAUGCUCCGUUUGAUUCUCACAGGAAUGUAAUAGACUGUUCGGUGACCUCCAAACAUAAAACCUAUUAAGUACUUAUUAGCGAGGGGAUAAAAAGAGGAGGGCUAGUUCGAUCGAAAUUGAGGACACGUCGAUCCUGUACAUAGAGACAACUCAAACGUAGAAAGAUCUCUAAUUUCGAUCGAUCGGGUAUAAAGAUUUAAUGUGAACUUUUCGUAUUGACCCUGUAACUGUAUUUUUAUGAGAGAGUUGUUCUGUAGGUUAAUAAAUAUAUAAUGUAUUUUAUUAUAUAUCAUAAAGAGAUCGCCAGUUACGAGGGGAUACGAGAAGUGUACGUUACUAUAUAUGUAACUAUUUUUUGAGUCCUUAGUAUAGGAUUCUGCUUUUUUAAGUUAUGUACUAUAUUAUUAAUAAAGAUAAAAUGUCUAUUUUGAUUGAAUUAUAUGUAUGUUAUUAAGGGCUUGAUCUGUAUAUUUUUAUUGUUCCAUUGGCCCAUUUAAAGUAUAUAAGAUCUCAAAAAAUGUUAAAAACCCAAUAAAAAUAUAUAAAAUAUACAAACAUUUCUGA